GAGGCACCGCACCUCGGCCAGAGGCGGCUGCUGCAGCUGCUGCCCUCUUCCCCGCCGCCGCUUCUCCAGUCCCGUCAGUGGUUUCCCCGCCAGCUGCUGGAACGGACGAGAGAGAGGAGGAGGGCGAGAAACUCCCACCGACCCACAGAGGGAGCAUGACUUCGGCAACUUCACCCAUCAUUUUAAAAUGGGACCCCAAAAGUUUGGAAAUCCGGACCCUAACAGUGGAGAGGCUUUUGGAACCGCUCGUUACACAGGUGACAACACUUGUCAACACAAGCAACAAAGGCCCAUCCGGUAAAAAGAAAGGAAGGUCAAAGAAAGCCCAUGUACUGGCCGCAUCUGUAGAGCAAGCCACUCAGAACUUUCUGGAAAAAGGUGAACAGAUUGCUAAGGAGAGUCAAGAUCUCAAAGAAGAACUGGUUGCUGCCGUUGAGGAUGUACGCAAACAAGGUGAGACCAUGCGCAUCGCUUCUUCGGAGUUUGCGGAUGACCCCUGCUCAUCGGUGAAGCGCGGCACCAUGGUGCGGGCGGCUCGGGCCCUGCUGUCCGCUGUGACCCGCUUGCUCAUCCUGGCGGACAUGGCGGACGUCAUGAGGCUUUUGUCUCAUCUGAAAAUUGUGGAGGAGGCCUUGGAAGCUGUCAAAAAUGCUACAAAUGAGCAAGACCUUGCAAAUCGCUUUAAAGAAUUUGGAAAAGAGAUGGUGAAACUUAACUAUGUAGCUGCAAGAAGACAACAGGAGCUGAAAGACCCUCACUGUCGAGAUGAGAUGGCCGCCGCCCGAGGAGCUCUGAAGAAGAACGCCACCAUGCUGUACACGGCCUCCCAAGCUUUCCUCCGCCACCCGGACGUGGCUGCCACCAGAGCUAACCGAGACUACGUGUUCAAACAAGUCCAGGAGGCCAUUGCCGGCAUCUCCAACGCUGCUCAAGCUACCUCUCCCACCGACGAAGCCAAAGGCCACACGGGCAUCGGGGAGCUGGCCGCGGCUCUGAACGAGUUUGAUAACAAGAUCAUCCUGGACCCCAUGACGUUCAGCGAGGCCCGGUUCCGCCCGUCCCUGGAGGAGCGCCUGGAGAGUAUCAUUAGUGGCGCAGCGCUCAUGGCCGACUCUUCGUGCACCCGAGACGACCGGCGCGAGCGGAUCGUGGCCGAGUGCAACGCGGUGCGCCAAGCGCUCCAGGACCUGCUCAGCGAGUACAUGAACAACAUUCUUUGAUAUUGAAGACGUGCCCAUUUUCAGCACACAAAGAAUAAGAUGUGGAUGACUCACGUGGUACCCAGCUGCUUAUGAGGACUCCUAUGUUGGAUCAGGAUGGCCAACACUUUUGGGAUUUUGGGCUACGGGUGCUAUUCAGGGUAGAGCUAGAAACUCUGAUCAGUGUCUCCCAUCCUGUGAGAAUCUUGAAUAACAAGAAAAGAGGGCUUAUAAAAUCUGAGAUUCUGUUUGUUUUUAACAGAAUGGCAACAGCCUAAUGAUUUAUAUGUGGAAUUUGGUUUUAUAUGAAGGCAUGCUGGUAUUUCUAGCAAUG